AUGGCUGGCGGUGACAGGGGCCGUCCAACCUCUCCGAAUGGCCUUAUCUUAGAAGCCUGGAGCCAGGGACUCAUGGUUGGCUCUCUGUUCGUCAUGGCCGCCGUCGUCAUUUCCAACAUGAGAAAGCGCAUUCUCUUGCAUAAAUUGAUUCUGGCAGAGCUUAUCUUGGGAAUACCCCACGGCACAUUCAUUUUUUUCGCAAACCCUGUAUACGGCUGGUAUCUCUCAGCAACUGCGAUCGCCCUUUGUGUGUCAUGGUCUCUGCACAACGUUAUUGCGUGGAUGAAAAACAGGCCCUUCUUGUCCCGCAAAGGAUCGCUUUUCUACAUUGGAACUGUGAUUCUUGUGCAACCUUAUUGGAUCCUAGAGAUCUACGCCAACUUCACUUUUUACAAUGAUAUCAACACUAUAUUCCGGAAAACGAGGCCAUUUGAGCCCCUCUUCCGUGAUCCUUGGUGGGUCUUCACUGUUUCCCACCUCUUCUACAUCAUCAAACGACAAUACACGCUCACAAUCUUGGAGCUGGUAAGAGUAAGCCCGCGCUUUGGAAUUAUGCUAGUUUCAAUGUGCCUAUCUAUUGUGUUUACCAUACUGGAUGAAUGCAGCGUUUUAGGUGCUUUGCCCCUAAAUCUGCCGGAUGGCGUGGAACCUUUCUGGAAACUAUCAUUUAUAUGUAAAUGUCUUUGUGACGUUAUAAUUUUGGAUGACUUCAAGAUUGCCCUUGACCGAAUACGAAACAAGUGGUUGCAAAGAACACAAACAUCGCCAGUCCAUCUAGAAGAUGUUGAAGCUGCUCGCAGCGGAUCAGGGCCUGCCUCCGAAAGCAGCAAUUUGUAG